GUCAACGUUCGCGUCACCACCAUGGACGCAGAGCUGGAGUUCUCCUUCCACCCCAACACCACCGGCAAGCAGCUGUUCGACCAGGUUACCAGGACCAUCGGCCUGCGUGAAACCUGGUACUUUGGGCUCCAGUUUGUCGACGCCAAAGGAUUCAUGACAUGGCUGAACUUUGACAAGAAGGUCAUGUCCCAGGAAGUGAGGAGGGAGACCCCCCUGCAGUUCAAGCUCAGGGCUAAGUACUACCCGGAGGACGUCUCGGAGGAGCUGAUCCAGGACGUCACCCGGAGGCUGUUCUUCCUGCAGGUGAAGGAGGACGUCCUGGGGGAGGAGAUCUACUGCCCCCCAGAGUCCGCCGUCCUGCUGGCCUCCUACGCCGUCCAGGCCAAAUACGGGGAGUUCGACAAGUCGGUGAACCACGCCGGGUACCUGUCGACUGAACGCCUGCUGCCCAAGAGGGUCAUGGAGCAACACAAACUGUCCAAGAGUCAGUGGGAGGAGAGGAUCCAGGUCUGGCACGAGGAGCACCGGUCCAUGCUCAAAGAGGAGGCCAUGAUCGAAUAUCUGAAGAUCGCCCAGGACCUGGAGAUGUACGGGGUCAACUACUUCGAGAUCAAGAAUAAGAAGGGUACGGACCUGUGGCUGGGAGUGGACGCCCUGGGCCUGAACAUCUACGAGAAGGGGGACAGGCUGACUCCAAAGAUCGGAUUUCCAUGGAGUGAAAUUAGAAAUGUUUCUUUCAAUGAUAAGAAGUUUUUGAUCAAGCCCAUAGAUAAGAAAGCUCCUGACUUUCUUUUCUACGCUCCACGUCUGCGCGUCAACAAGGGCAUCCUGCAGCUGUGUAUGGGAAACCACGACCUGUACAUGCGCCGACGCAAGACCGACACCAUCGAAGUGCAGCAGAUGAAGGCCCAGGCCAAAGAGGAGAGGCUGCAGAAGAAGAUGGAGAGAGAUCAGCUGGAGAGUGAGAAGAGGAGGAGGACGAUCAUCGAGAGAGAGAAGGAGGAGAUGGAGAGAGAAAAGCAGGAGCUGAUGAUGAAGCUGUACCAGUUCGAAGAGACCACCAAGAGAGCAGAGAGAGAACUCCAGGAGCAGCUGGACCGGGCCAUGAGGCUGGAGGAGGAGAGGAGGAGGGUGGAGCAGGAGGCGGCCCGGCUGGAGGCUGAGAGGAUGGAGGCUAUCAUAGCCAAGGAGGAGCUGGCCCGGCAGGCGGAGGACCAGUUAAAGAGCCAGGAGCAGCUGGCGGCGGAGCUUGCCGAGUACGGAGCCAAGAUCGCUCUGCUGGAGGAGGUGAAGAGGAUGAAGGAGGAGGAGGUGGAGUCAUGGCACAGCAAGGCUAAAGAAGUGGAGGAGAAUCUGCUCAGGACCAAGGAGGAGCUCCAGACUGUGAGGACCUCCGCAGCCCUUCCCCCCGCCGUCGCCUCCUCCUCAUCCUCCUCCUCCUCCUCCGACAGCGAGAGCGACCACGAGCACAGCGAAGAGAACAGCACCUACAGCGCCGAGCUGCAGACGCAGGAUAUCAACGACCACCGCCAGGAGGAGGAGCGGCUGACCGAGGCCGAGAAGAACCAACGGCUGCAGAAACAGCUGCAGGCUUUGAGCUCAGAGCUGGAAAAGGCCCGAGACAACAACAUGAAAACCGCCAACGACCUUCUCCACGCUGAGAACGUCCGAGCCGGUCGUGACAAGUACAAGACGCUUCGCCAGAUCCGCCAGGGCAACACCAAGCAGAGGAUCGACGAGUUCGAGGCCUUGUAGGAGCUCCAGACUGUGGUGUUCUGUGGUACCGAUCAAAGUUUUUACUCGCAUUCUGUACGAACAAAGCCGGUGUGAGGUUGUACCGUCCACCAAACAUCCAACCUGUGAGAUUUUACUGAUGUUUGACCAAUAAAGCAGCUCCAUUACCUCCACAUAAAACUGGAAAUCCAAUCAAUUCUACGCCUUUUAAACCUAUUUGAGUUUCCAAACUAUGACCUAUUUAACUGGUUUUAAUAUUGACUAUUAUAUCAUCCAUUGUCACAUGGUAAAGGUGCUCUUAUAAGAGUUAUUUGCUUUUAUCACAUCUUAAAUCAUCUGUUUUAAUUAGAUUUUACUAAGAUGUUUCUAGUAAAACUUCCAGAAAUGCCAAGUUUUUAUCCAUUAAGUUGUA